AUGGUAACAUAUACAUCAAAAAUAAAUACGAAAGCGAACCCAUUUUUGGGAAGAUUAUCAUUAAGAAGUUUAGUAGCAUAUACACCUAAUUUAUGGCUAUGGGGUGGUGCAUCAUUAUUUGGUAUGUUUGUGUUUGUUGAAGGUUGGCCAACUUUCCAAACUGAAAUAUUUAGUAAGAUCCCAAUUUUUGGUUCUCAUUGGAUAAAGGAAGCUCCUGCUGUCGAAGGUGAGGUAGAAGAAUAA